AUGACUGUUAGCACCUCUUAUAUGCGGUUCAGGAGUUUGCAAUGGAGUGACGAGUUUGACGGCAAGGAACUGGAUGUUAGCAAAUGGGAUGUCGAUAAUGAGUGGCGUAAAGGGGUCUGUAGGGGUGAUUACGUGGGCGAAAAAAGCUGCAACACAAAUCGCACGGAAAACCUACAGCUCCGGGACGGAUGUCUGGCCAUCAUCGCCGCCCGGGAACGGGAGGUCCGACUCCACAAACAGUACACCUCAGCCAAGAUCAUCAGCAAACAGAGCUGGACUUAUGGCCGGUUCGAGAUCAGGGCUGCCCUACCGGCCGGCAAAAUGUUGAGGUCAGCCCUAACUAUGAUCCCCUUCCGACCCGAGUACUGGGCCAUCGGUGGCGCCAUAUAUGUGAUGACCAACGGACAGACACCGGCGCUGGGGGUUGGCGUCCAUUUUGGAGACCCGCCGGAGUUUCGGCCACAGGGCUACGAAUACCAGUCCCACACACGGCUCCAAGACUUUCAUACUUAUGCCAUAGAGUGGACCGAAUCGGCCAUCAAUUGGUUCUUUGAUGACAUCAAUCACUACUCGCUUAGUAUUAACGGAAUGUUAGCCCCGAUAUACGCUAAAAAGGGACAGCCCUUCGACCGACCCUUCAAACUGGAGAUACAUCUGGGAGUAGGAGGGUAUCUGUUCCCUGGUCAGCACCUGUAUGCUAACGAUUCAGAGCACUGGGAGUGCCCGGCACUUCUAGUGGACUACGUUAGGGUCUAUAAAAGGGUUUACGACUAUCAACAGCCAUUCCCGACUGCUGGUGCUGUCAGUAGUUAUGGUAUAUGUGCGGCUAUUUUGGGCCACAAUAUAUCGGCAAUGGACAGGCAUUCAAACCGGAGUUCCUACCAGUAUAUUCCGGUCACAGAAUUAAUUAUUUUAUUAUCACUGGUGGUAGUGCUGUCGGGGCUCAUCCUAUCGGUGCUCAUAUGUGUUUGCGUUAAGAAUCGGAAAGACCUACAAAAUCAUACGUCUGACCAGAAUUGUUGUAAUAAUAAUGAGCCCCAGUUUUACAGCGACUUAUACGCCAAAGGGGAUGACAUUUAUUAUCAAUAA